AUGAAUGGCGAUGACUUUGCCCGCCUAGUUUCGUCUGCCAACCCGGCUGCACGCCAAUACCAGCCUGCUAAUGGCGGCUACCCUCCCUCACACUCACCGCAGCAGCUUGACCCAUUCUUUGAUGAUGAAGACGACAUGCCCGACAGUGCAUUUGGACGGCCGAUACCAAUGCAGAGUACCGAGUCGCAUCUACCGCUACGGAACACUGCUGCUGCACCCGCUGGUCACUCAAAGGUGACUCUUCCUGGCUCUGGACGGCCGCAGGGUUGGAAUUUCGAUGACGAUAUUCCCAUCGAACAGCCAUUUAGUGGUUCCGAAUCAUUUCCAGGUGUAAAGCAGAAACCGGGCGAUAGUCAACCGAAACCAAAACGACGACGAAAGUGGAAGUGGCCGUGGGCGAAGGACAAUACGGAUCUGAAGGGCGAACGUGUUGUCGCACUGAACGACUUCGCAAAUGUGCAUAACAGCGAGUUCUGCACGAACUAUGUUAGCACGAGCAAGUACAAUGCCGUUACGUUUGUGCCAAAGUUCUUGGCAGAACAGUUCAGCAAAUAUGCGAACUUGUUCUUCCUCUUCACCGCCUGCAUUCAGCAGAUACCUGGCGUCUCGCCUACGAACCAAUACACGACAAUCGCACCCCUCGCCGUUGUCUUGCUUGCUUCUGCAUUCAAGGAGACUCAGGAAGAUAUGAAACGUCAUCAGAGCGACAAGGAACUCAACUCACGACGUGCCAAGGUACUUCGCGCUGACGGGUCAUUCGAGCAGCGGAAGUGGAAGAACAUUCGUGUCGGCGAGGUUGUCCGUCUCGAGUCCGAUGACUUCAUCCCGGCGGAUGUUAUCUUGCUGUCGAGUUCCGAGCCUGAAGGCCUUUGCUACAUCGAGACAUCAAAUCUUGAUGGAGAGACCAAUCUCAAAAUUAAGCAAGCGAGUCCCCUAACCGCCCAGAUGACCUCGCCGCCCUUAGUCACUUCACUGCGUGGCUCGCUCCGUAGUGAACAGCCCAAUAACUCCCUGUACACCUACGAAGGCACACUCGACUUGGUAUCUGAACAAGGUAUCCCGAAGCAAGUUCCACUUGGGCCUGAUCAGAUUCUACUUCGAGGCGCUCAGUUACGCAAUACACCCUGGGCAUAUGGACUUGUCGUCUUUACCGGCCAUGAAACAAAACUUAUGCGUAAUGCAACCGCUGCUCCUAUAAAGCGGACAGCUGUAGAACGUCAAGUUAACAUAAACAUUAUUCUUCUCUUCAUUUUGCUGCUAGCGUUGUCGAUUGGGAGCACGAUUGGAAGUAGUAUUCGAACGUGGUUCUUCUCCAGCGCUCAGUGGUACCUGCUUGAAGGAAACACAAUAUCUGACAGAGCGAAAGGCUUUAUUGAAGAUAUUUUAACAUUUAUUAUUCUUUAUAACAACCUAAUUCCUAUAUCGCUUAUCGUGACCAUGGAAGUGGUCAAGUUCCAGCAAGCGCAGCUGAUUAACUCGGACCUCGACAUGUAUUAUCCUGUCACGGAUACGCCGGCGUUGUGUCGUACCUCAUCGCUUGUUGAGGAGCUUGGGCAGAUUGAAUACGUAUUCUCCGACAAAACUGGCACGCUCACGCGUAACGAGAUGGAGUUCCGCUGUUGUUCUAUCGCCGGAGUCCCGUACUCAGACUCAGUCGAUGAUGCCAAGCGCAGUGAUUCAGAUGAAGAAGGCAAGGAGGGCUGGCGCUCCUUUGACGAACUUCGCGCCGUUCUUCGUUCUAGUGGUGCAGGCAACCCGUUUAUUAACGCGGACGAGACAGCCGAUAGCGCGCGGGACGCGCAAGUUACGAAGGAGUUUCUUCGGCUGCUUGCAGUUUGCCACACAGUUAUUCCAGAAGUGAAAGAAGGAGGAAAGUUGGUAUAUCAAGCAAGCAGUCCAGAUGAGGCGGCAUUGGUCGCAGGUGCUGAAGUCCUUGGUUACCAAUUUCAUACUCGUAAACCUAGAUCGGUUUUCGUCAACAUUGAUGUCGUGUCUCGGGAGUUCGAGAUCUUGAACGUCUGUGAAUUCAACUCAACUCGGAAGCGCAUGUCUACGAUUGUCCGUACACCAGAAGGCCAGAUCAAACUGUAUUGCAAGGGUGCAGACACUGUAAUUCUUGAGCGACUGGGCAAGAAUCAACCAUAUGUCGAGAAAACGCUUUCUCAUCUAGAGGACUACGCAACGGAAGGGCUGCGCACACUUUGCAUCUCGUCAAGGGACAUCUCCGAAGCAGAGUAUCGCGAGUGGUCAAAAAUAUAUGAUCAAGCGGCGGCAACAAUAAACGGUCGUGGGGAAGCUCUGGAUGCAGCAGCAGAAAUCAUCGAGAAAGACCUUUUCUUGCUUGGCGCGACUGCCAUUGAGGACAAGCUGCAGGAAGGCGUUCCUGACACAAUCCACACAUUGCAGAUGGCCGGUAUCAAGGUUUGGGUGCUUACAGGGGACCGACAAGAGACCGCAAUUAACAUCGGUCUGAGUUGCCGUCUGAUCUCUGAAUCGAUGAACUUGGUGAUUGUAAAUGAGGAAUCCGCACUUGCAACGAAGGAAUUCUUGUCUAAACGGCUGAGUGCUAUCUCAAAUCAGCGGAAGUCGGGCGAACUUGAGGAUCUAGCUCUCGUCAUUGACGGCAAAAGCCUUACUUUUGCACUGGAAAAGGAUCUCUCAAAGACAUUCCUAGAGCUUGCAAUUAUGUGCAAAGCCGUAAUUUGCUGUCGAGUGUCUCCGCUCCAGAAGGCGCUUGUAGUGAAGCUCGUCAAGAAGAAUCAGAAAGCUAUACUCUUAGCCAUUGGUGACGGUGCGAAUGAUGUUAGCAUGAUUCAAGCGGCUCAUGUUGGAGUGGGCAUUUCGGGUGUUGAGGGUUUGCAAGCGGCGAGAUCAUCAGAUGUUGCAAUUUCACAAUUCCGGUAUCUGAAGAAAUUGUUACUGGUGCAUGGAGCAUGGAGUUAUCGACGUCUAUCAAAGCUCAUUCUCUAUUCUUUCUAUAAGAAUAUUACUUUAUACAUGACGCAGUUUUGGUUCUCUUUCUUCAACAAUUUCUCUGGCCAGGUGUCGUUUGAAUCAUGGACCUUCUCUCUUUAUAACGUGCUCUUCACCGUACUCCCGCCCCUAGUCAUUGGUAUCUUCGAUCAGUUCGUUUCUGCACGCGUCCUGGACAGAUAUCCCCAACUCUACGUUCUUGGUCAGCAGAACACGUUUUUCACGAAGAUUGCGUUCUGGCAAUGGGUCGCGAAUGCGUUCUAUCACAGUUUGGUACUCUUUGCAUUCUCUAUCGUUCUGUUUUGGGGCGAUCUGAAGCAAAGCACGGGUCUGGAUUGUGGACUCUGGUUUUGGGGAACGACCUUGUAUCUUGCAACGUUAUUAACCGUGUUGGGAAAGGCUGGACUGGUCUCCGACAUCUGGACUAAAUACACUGCCGCGGCAAUCCCAGGAUCCUUCAUCUUCACAAUGCUUUUCCUUCCGGUCUACGCUGUCGUUACUCCUAUUAUCGGGUUUUCGCGAGAAUACGAGGGGAUCGUUCCUAGAUUAUGGACCGAUGCAGUAUUCUACUUUAUGCUUAUUCUUGUCCCCGUGGUCUGCCUUGCUCGCGAUUUCGUAUGGAAAUAUUACCGACGGACGUACAUGCCGUUGUCGUACCAUAUCGCCCAAGAGUUGCAGAAAUACAACAUCCCAGAUUAUCGACCACGACAAGAACAGUUCCAGAAGGCGAUCAAGAAAGUACGUGCGGUGCAGCGCAUGCGUCGGAAUCGCGGUUUUGCUUUCUCUCAGACAGAGGACCCCGCGAAGCAAGAUCAAGCCCGCUUGAUCCGCGCUUAUGAUACUUCCAAGUCACAUUCACGUCCAUCAGGGUACUAAACGUGCACCGCAUGUUUGUUUGACGGUCGGGUUCUUUGUUUUUAUAUGUUUAUUCGUUUGCCUUCAUUCUUUUGUUUUCUCGUUGAACGCUAUUUCUGUUUCUCGUCUCACGGACGGCAUACUCAUACCCUUCCAAUCCUUUGACUAUUCCGGAUCUUCAAUAUUCCUUGCAUCAUACAGGAUAAGACCUGAGUAAUUACGCUAUGAUUCAUCUGUGGUAGAUGUUCUCUGUAACAAGAUUAUAAAUGUUGUC